GCUCUACCACUCCACUAUUCUUCUCGACCUUUGUGCAGUAGGCCAAGAGGCUUUGAGGUCGUGUUUACAUGUGAUUCAUCUAGGCGAGAAACCGAAUAUCGAAACGUAAGGUGCCACGAUCUCCGUGUGAUGAGUGCAUACGAAUAUACACGUACAUGUACGUGUGCAUUAAAUUUACUCGGUUCUUCACACGAUUAUCACGAAAGGUUAAGAUGAAAAUAAUUGCUAACAAAUGCUAUGACUUACUGCACGCAGCCGUGACCUUUAAUCUAUGAGCUAAUUCAGGGUUUAAAACGAAGACGAUAUGACGACGUGGGUCUUUAUGUGGAUUUUCUUUUGAAUUCAAGCAACUAAAUAUUACAUCUUUUACGGUAUGCGAAAAUAGUUUUCCCAGAACAGUGAAUAAUUUCAAUGGGAAAAACUAACCGGUAAAGUUCAAAGUUUGGGGAGUAAUUAAAUGUAACAUUUAAACCAUGAGAAAACGAAAGAUAAAACAAAAACCCAAAAGAAACCCCACUUCCCAUUCUGAACGUUCGACCAACAUGGGAAAAAUUAACAUCGACUACGUGGCAUCCAGUAUAAAAAAAUAGGCCUAGUAGUUUAUUACAGCCUACACACUGGGCUCAAAAGAACUACUCGUGGCAACUGCUUUAAACCUGCUGGUGGACUCCCUUAACAACUGCAGGGUUACUUCAUAUAAAUGAAACCCGCGUGUCAAGUUGCACCAACUGACGUUGCCAUAUAGACGGGAAAAAAUCGAAAUUCGGUAAUCUUUUAUUUCUCCGUUCAUCGGCCAUAGUCAUCAGCAGUGACAGAAAUGAGAUAUCCAAUGGUGAGAAAGCCAGGACAGAGGAACGUUAGUAAAAAUUCUGUUUAGCCAGGAAACUAAUACUUACCCCCCAAAAAAAAACCCAAAGCAUGGAACUUAAGAUAUUCCGCUUUACAACACCUCACCCACAGAUGCUGUUUCUUGAUUAGCUGACAGCUGUCUCAUUACAUUUGCUGUUUCAGUUAUUUCGCUUUUUAAGCCAACGAAUUUACCCGCACCAACCAAACUACUACACCGGCGUAGUAGCCACAGCAGUAUACAUGUACCACAAUCAAAGAAACGCAUGGCCACCCAGCACUGUGCGCGUUUUGCGCAUUCACAAGUGUUGCGCUCUUGAGCUGGGUUUAAUUAUUUCGAGAAGAGGUACUUGAGAAAGUGUUAGUAAAACUUCUUAUUGAAAUAGACAUAUACCAUUGAUGUGUAUUUAUCUCAAAUCAACCAGUUAUAGUUGAAAAUAAGCAGAAUCUGUGGGGGACGUAAUACAUGCAUAAAAGAAAUACAUGUACAUGUAUUGACUGCUUUAUCUCGCCGUGUUGUAAAACCAGCCUCUCUUGGUGAUCAAUGAAGCAUUGUAUUCGCCCAAGAAGAAGCCUAGGGAAAAUAAAAUGUUCCACGGGUCACCUUCCGAAAUUAGUCUUACCUCGAAACAAUCAAAAUAUUUGUGAACUCAUGAUAUGCCCAGCAAAGCCACGACUUGUAGUUUUGAGUAUUUUGUCUUGAAGGGGGAUUUCACAAAUUAGAUUUUCAAUACACAAUAUCAAGCCUAUACCCCACGACACUAUGUUGUUUAAAAUUUUUGUAGGCCUACGCAUAGUUCGAUUACAAAAUAACAGAGGGACAUCCCUAAAACAUAAUGCUUUAUUCUCAUGGCCUCGUCAACAGUUAAAGAACAACUAAAUGCAUUCACCCUACUGCUUUGUCGUGUUUUGUAUUGUAAACUUGAGCUUGCGUCCAAAGUUCAACGGCAUAUCCUGAAAACGGACACGUAUCGUUUAAUUUGCCAAGUCCAUAAGCUUGGAAUCUGAAUUGGCAAGUGUAUUAUUUUGGAAGAUGACGAAGUAAAAACACAUCGUAAUCACUGUGCACUUGACAUACCAGGCCAGGUCACAGCGCAUGAGAAUCUGGCGGUACCGCUGUGUGCGUGUCACUGUUUGCGAGUGUGACUGAGAAUACACGCCAUCCAUUGUUGUGCAUUUAUGGAGUCAUCCAAUGCAGUGGUGUGAUGGCGCUCAACUAGAGGGUAUACGUAAACCGUCAGCCCCUUUUCCGAUUUCAAAGCAGUCCGCGUGUGGACCGGUGUCUUGUUAAUGCCGACGUUUUAAACUGGGACCGACACCGGCGUCAAAAGAUGGCCGACUUCAGGGAAGAUUGUGGCACGGCAUUUACAAACGCCGGGUUCGAUGGCGAUCGUUCCUGCUCAACCUCGUUACAUAUCCCAACUGCAUCUGAUGAAAAACUCAGCGUCCCACACAGCGGGUUUUCGGAUCAGUGGGCCUCGCCUGCGGGACCUGAGUCUAGCGUCGCCGACGGUCUGUCGCAACCGCGAUCCGAGCACCGUUCGUCCCAGGGACAGCAUGCUGAGCUGGAAAGCGAAGACGACUCCCUGCCCAGACCAUGUGGAUACUGCUGCUGGGUGCCGGCCUGCCUGCAGAGGGUGGCCUCGGGCCGGUUCUUCGUCUUGUUUCUCAGCAUGCUCUGUCUCACCGAGGCUGGCCUGACGGUGGGCUAUAUCAGCAGCGUGGUCACAAGCUUUGAACUUCAGUUCCGAUUCAGUAGCACACUUGCGGGCUUCGUGGUCAGCUGCUAUGAUAUCGGCACUCUUGUGGUCAUCUUGACCAGUUAUUUCGGCGGCCGCGAGGCAGCCAACCGGCCCAAGUGGAUUGCGUGGAGCGCCUGGUCCAUGACGCUGGGCGCUAGCAUCGUAACCCUUCCGCACUUCUUUAUUUCCUACAAGGCCAGCGGGAACGACACUGUCGCAGAGGUCUGCCAUCCUGAAACCUCGCUACAAUCUCAGAGAAAUUGGUAUGAACUGGAACCUGCUUGCCAAGGCAACAGUGGCAACAAUAUUGAGGGCUCGGCACUGUUUUUUCUCAUCCCUGGAAUGCUGCUGAUUGGAGCUGGGUCGACGGCUACAAUGACGCUCGGCAUAACCUACAUCGACGAUUUCGUGCGAAAGAAAGAAACACCGAUUAUGCUCGCCAUUGUCUACAGCACCACUGUCAUCGGACCAGCCCUCGGCUUUCUCAUUGGUGGCUUUUUCCUCAAGUACUAUGUGGACUUUGACACCACCAGUGGAUUGGAGACACCGGUAUCACCAUCUAGCCCCAGAUGGGUGGGUGCCUGGUGGCUGGGCUUCUUCUUCUUCGCCGGGGCUAUCUUGGUCACAGCGUUCCCGGUCUACGCCUUCCCGGCCAAGCUCAAGAGGCCGGCCGAGAAGGGCCAGGAUGGCAAGCCUGAACAGCCAGUAGAUGAAGAGGACGAUACUACCGUGCACAUGGCGUUCAGCGAUGUCUCCCUGGGAAAGAUCCCAGAGGCCAUCUGGGGUCUACUCAAGAACCCCGUGUACAUGAUGGUCAGUUUUGCGGCAGCCGCAGAAUUCAGUAUCAUCACCGGGUUUGUAAGGUUUGCGCCUAAGUUUAUCCAGUCACAGUUCCAACUGAAAGCUUCAACAGCAAAUCUUGUGACAGGCACCUUGAUACCAGUUGGGGCCCUCGGUGUGAUCCUAGGAGGCUUCAUCUUGAACCGCGUCAAGACAAAUCUGAUGGGUGUGGUCAACGUCUUGACCGUAGUCACCAUCCUCUCAGGGCUCAUGUACGGGCUCAUCUUCAUCCCGGGCCCGUGCCAAAACUUACUCAUGGCUGGGGUAACAACCCCGUAUCAUUACAAUGAUCCUGGUUGGCAGCAACCUCCUGACCCUUACAACAUCAAUCUGACCAGGCCCUGCAAUGCAGCCUGCCGGUGCAACCCGCGCAUCUACAGUCCUGUGUGUAGUGACAAGGGUGUGGCUUACUUCAACCCCUGCUUAGCUGGGUGCAAGGUUGAGGCUGCCAUGCUAUCAAGCGAUGAUGUUCAUCGCUUUGAAUAUUUCAACUGCAGCUGUGUGAAAGUCUACAAUGAGACCAACCACCCUGCAUCGACCAACGUCCAGCUGUUCAACAUUCCAGCGAGUGGCGAGGACGACCCACCGCACGGUCAUUUCAGUGCCGAUUAUGAAGCUACAACGGGCCUGUGUGAGCCAGACUGCCAGAAGCUUGUGUCGUUCCUCGCUUUGCUGCUGCUGGUUGUCUUCGUGUCUUCAACAGAGCAGAUGCCAGCUCUCAUGACACUUCUGCGAUGCGUGAAGCGGGAGGAGAGGCCCUUUGCAAUCGGUCUGCAGUUUGUUAUUCUGCGACUUUUUGGGUUCAUUCCGUCGCCGGUAUACUAUGGAGCUGUUAUUGACAGCACCUGUAUACUCUGGGAGAAGGGGUGCAGCGGCAGCGAUGGAGCAUGCCUGCAGUACGACAAUGGUAACUUCUUUUACCGCUAUCUGGGCCUCUCCACGCUGCUGAAGUGCAUCUCCAUCAUCAUGGCUGUGCUGAUCUGGCUGAUGGUCCGGAGAAUCCACUAUCGUGGGCCGGUCAUGACUCCCCUGCCUUCACCGGUGCCAACCGCUGCGUCGGAUGACUCCGGAGUUGGUGCUACCGAGAAUUCUGUGGAAAGCCAGGGGCACGGUCACCUGUCCAAUGACAUCUCAACACUUAGUCACUUCCGCUACCCCAACGAGGCUCCGGAAGGAGACAUGAAUUAGAGACAAACCCAAAAGUUGCACAAAGAAGGGAAGGAGAACUGAGAGAAUGCGGAUUUGAAAGACGGUUGCCUUCAAUCUUUAAAGAGGAGAACCACCUUCUACAUGUAUGUCUAACAGAAAGCAUUCAUACAUUGGAAGAGUACCCCAUAAUUUUAUCUUUUUUUUCUAUUAUCAUUAUAUAUGGUAUUUCAUUUUAUUCUGUUACAUUUUAAGAGUGUACUCCCGUAACUUCACAAAUAGCCUAUAAAUAUCAUUAAUAGUAAUGCUACCAAAGAAAUACCCAGAUUUUAACCAACGGAUUUAUCUUUCUUAAGUGCAUGGCUCAGGAAACACUUUCAACCAAUUUGGUGCCUAAGGUCAUGGCAUUUUAAAGCUGUCCGAAUUGUAAAUUUUAAUUUCUUUUUUUGACGGAAAGGGAAACAGACACAGCUAGAGAUGAAGUAUGAUUUAAUAUCUUGAGUAUGACUGAAUUUUUUUUCAUAAAAGAAGCCAAAUCCUGCUUCUUUGUCCUCUUGACAUCAAUCAGAUGACAUCAUCACUGAUUGGGAUAAUGUUGUUGGAUAUGGUUCUAUGAUGACCAGGUGGUCAUGCAUUUAAUCCUGAACGUUGAGGGCAGUGUUUCCCAUUUCGUGUGAUCAUUCAUUCCCAAAGUCUUUCAGAUUAACUGAAAUUACAGGGACUACAUUCCUAAAAGCAUAACAAAAUAGGUGUGUUUAUCAACGCUGUGCUUCAUGUUGCUUUACAUGUGAGUUAAAAAUGAAUAUAAAUGUAGAUUAGUUUCUUGGGUUGAUGCCCGAUUUAGAGGUGCACUUUUAGCCAGAGCAUAGGUUUUGAACCUUUGUGUGAUGUUCGUGCCAACACAGUGUGCAUGUAUUUCAAUGUGAAAUAUUUUAAUGUGAGUACUAUUUCAAAUAAUUCUUUCAAUGAAAAUGAAAUAAAUUUGUUGAAAAUGCAUACUGGUAUUUGAAAUUAUGUUUCCACACAUCAAGAAAGCGUGGCACCCCAAAUACAAAUUUCUAGUCUAAAUUUUUCAUUUACAGGAUUUAUCCCCAUGAAAUACAUGUAUCAAACAAAAAUCAUCUCCCAGCGAAGUGAACAGUAACAAAUUAAAUGAGAUUUUUUACAGCAUAAACCAAGUUUUAGAAG